AUGGUUCUCUCCAAGACCACAGCCCAAAACGGCGCCGUUCAUUCCACUUUUGCUUCGCGCUAUGUUCAAGAAACUCUCCCCAAGUUUAAAAUGCCGGAAAAUUCGAUUCCGAAGGAGGCGGCGUAUCAAAUCAUAAACGACGAGCUGAUGCUGGACGGGAACCCUCGACUGAACCUCGCUUCGUUCGUGACGACUUGGAUGGAGCCCGAGUGUGACAAGCUGAUUAUGGCCUCCAUUAACAAAAACUACGUUGACAUGGACGAGUACCCCGUCACAACUGAGUUGCAGAACCGUUGCGUGAACAUGAUUGCGCACCUAUUCAACGCCCCGCUCGGAGACGAUGAGGCUGCUGUCGGGGUAGGGACCGUUGGGUCGUCCGAGGCAAUAAUGCUUGCGGGCCUCGCCUUCAAGAGGAAAUGGCAAAACAAGAUGAAGGAGUUGGGCCGGCCUCACGACCGACCCAACAUUGUCACGGGGGCCAACGUCCAGGUCUGCUGGGAGAAGUUUGCUCGUUAUUUCGAGGUGGAGCUUAAGGAGGUAAAGCUGAGGGACGGUUACUAUGUGAUGGACCCCGAGAAGGCAGUCGAGCUGGUGGACGAGAACACAAUCUGCGUGGCCGCCAUUCUCGGGUCUACGCUCAACGGGGAGUUUGAGGACGUUAAGCGCCUCAAUGACCUCCUCGACCAAAAGAACCGAGAAACAGGAUGGGACACGCCGAUACAUGUGGACGCGGCAAGUGGCGGUUUCAUUGCGCCUUUUUUGUACCCGGAGCUGGAGUGGGAUUUCAGGCUACCGCUGGUGAAGAGUAUAAACGUGAGCGGGCACAAGUAUGGGCUCGUUUACGCGGGCAUCGGCUGGGUCAUUUGGAGGAGCAAACAAGACUUGCCUGAUGAGCUCAUCUUCCACAUCAACUAUCUUGGCUCCGAUCAGCCCACUUUCACUCUCAACUUCUCCAAAGGCUCAAGUCAAGUAAUUGCUCAGUACUACCAACUUAUUCGCUUGGGUUACGAGGGAUAUCGCAACAUAAUGCAAAAUUGCCAAGAGAACGCGCGCGUGGUAAGAGAAGCCCUGGAAGGCACAGGGCAAUUCAAGGUCGUGUCGAAGGAGAAAGGUGUUCCGUUGGUGGCUUUCAGUCUCCGGGACAACAGCCGCCACAACGAGUUCGAGGUCUCAGACAUGCUGCGAAGGUUCGGUUGGGUGGUCCCCGCGUACACGAUGCCCCCUGAUGCACGCCAUGUGACAGUCCUUCGCAUUGUUGUCCGCGAGGACUUCUCACGUACCCUUGCCGACCGGCUCGUCCAGGAUAUUCUUAGGGUUAUACACGAGCUCGACUCGCUACCGGCCAGGGUGGCCGACAAGCUGGCGGCAGAGGCAGCUGAGUUGGACGGCGAGGGCGAGCAUUCGUCUGUGGUGUUGAAGAGGACGGCGGCUGAGGUGCAGAGGGAGGUGACGGCGGCUUGGAGGAAGAUGAUUGAAGAUAGGAAGAAGACAAACGGCAUUUGCUAG